AUGGAUCUGGAAAUUGAACUUGAGACUGGCAUUGAUGAGGGUCUGGAAUGGUCCAAAUAUAUGGCUAUUGGCAAGAUUCAUGCCAAUAAGAUCCUGAAUCGCAGAAGAGUGAUGGCGAUUUUGCGAAGUAUCUGGCCUGAAGAAGUGGCGCCGAGUAUUAAGGAAGUAGGAGAUAAUACUUAUGGGAUCUCGUUUAAUUCUGAAAGAACCAGGGAUAGAGUUAUUGGUUCAGGAUCUUGGUCUAUUAUGGGAUCCUGUAUGAAUCUGAAAAGAUGGGUUCCAAGAAAGGGACGAGGGAAGAUUUGGGCCUCUGUUAUGUAUGAGCGUCUUGGUGAUUUCUGUUACUCUUGUGGAAAAUUGGGACAUAUGGCCAAACACUGUCAUGAUGAGGUCAAGAUUGGUCCUGAUGGUAAACCUCUGUAUGGCCCCCAUUUAAGGGCUGGUAGUAUGAAAAAUGAUCAAGGCAAUAUGAAUUCUGAGAUGGAAAAAUGGAAGAAAUGGAAAAGUAAGGAUAUGGCUCUUGUUAUUACUGAUGCAGAACAUAGAGUUGAGGAUGUGGCCAGGGAGAAAUGGGGAAAACAGUGGCAAGUUGAUAAAUGGAAUUCUGGGGUCCCUAAUAGUGAUGUUAUGGAAAUUGACACUGCUAGGAGGAAUAAGGGGAAGAAUCCUGUUGCUGACAAUAAUGUUCAUGUACAAGAUGGUCCUGGUUUCAUUUUUUCUACAUUAGAGACAGAGAGAAGAAUUAAUACUAAUAAUGCUGCAUGUGUAAAUAUCUCUGAUAACACAAAUAAUGAUUCUCUUCAUACACCUAUUUCUUCACAAUCAAAACCUAUUCUUCAAAAUACGGAAAUAUUAGAGCCACAUAACUCCAUUCAUAUUAUAGAUUUUGCUGCUUUAAAUCCUCCUGUUCAUAGCACUAAAAAUCUUGAACCUACUUCCCUUGGUCUUUCUUCUAAACCUAUUAAGCCUACUUCUUCUUUUCAAAACAUUGUUUUAUCUGAUUCUAUCUCUCCUAUAACCCAAAAUAUUAUUUCAGAUAACAUUCCUGCUUCUGAUUAUCCUGCUAUUCAAGCUCCUGAUAUUGUGUUACCUAUCGUUCAGUCUCCUACUCAUUCAAACUAUGAUGAUGGUACCCCUUGCCCUCUGCUUUCUGGUGAUUCUUAUGAUACCUUUCCAUACCCUGUUAUGCCUGGAAGUUAUCAGUAUCCGGAUUUAAUUGUAAAUGAAGGGCAUGAUAAUGUUUACGAGUUGGGAUCUCAUAAAAGUAUCAAUGGGGAGGAAGUUCAUGAUGGUGAGGAAGUGUGUUCAGAAUAUAGGGGUUUGGAUAUUAUUCAGGCUACUGGAAAAGUUGUUCCUUGUGAUGAGAAUGUUUUUCAUGAUGAGUUAGUUGAACUCAAAAGGGUGGUUGAGAAAAAUACUGGUCUGAUUGAAUCUUCCUUGGUAGCUGAACUUAGGUGCUUGAAGUUAAAAAGGGGAGCUGAUGUCCACAUGCUGGAAGAUGUUGAUUCUAAUGUUGAGAAAAGGAGGAAAGUGUCUGAUGAAAAUCCUUGGAGUAGGAAGGAUUGGUCCUUGAUUGAGUCUGAGCUUUUUCCUGUAGAGAUCAGGCAAGUGACAACUUUUACUUAUGGGAGUCGAUCUGUGUGGGCAAGUAGAGGUGGUAGAGGAAAGAGCAAAUGUAUCAGGAAGAAGAGAAGUUGUACUGUUACUGAGGAAGGGUAUACUGAUGUUCGGAUUAUAGAAGAUUGUUCUAUUGGAAGAUAUUUGGGGUGGAAUGAUGAGCAAGGAAUUGGGUCAUCCCAGGCAGUUGAGGCUCUACAUGAGCUAAGGAGAAAGUUUGACCCUGAUUUCAUCUUUCUGAUGGAGACCAAAAAUAGACAGGAGAAGUUAGAAAUGAUCAGAAAAAAGAUGAAGCUUGAUUGUGCAAUUUAUGUUGAUCCGGAUGGGCUUAGUGGUGGUAUUGCUUUAUGGUGGAAGGAUUUUUUCAGUGUUAAAAGUAUUGAAGAGAGUAAGAACCUGGUUGACACUGUUAUUAUUGAUAAUAGAAGUGGUGGUAGUUUUCGAAUUUUAUGGGUAUAUGGGGCUCCUGUUUUUGAAGAUAGAAAACUGGUGUGGGAAAGAAUUAAAAGAAAGGCUCUGAUUAUUGAUGAAGCUUGGUGUUGUAUUGGAGAUUUUAAUGAUAUUUUGGAUGAUAGUGAGAAAGAUGGGGGUCCCUUGAAAGAUAGAAGGUAUAUCAGGUAUUUUCAGGAUAUGGUAGAACAUUGUCAGUUGAUUGAUAUCCAAUUUCAGGGGCAGAAGUUCACUUGGAUGGGAAAAAGGGAUGAUUUUGUUAUAAAGGAGAGACUGGAUAGAGCUUUUGUGAAUCCUCAGUGGUUGAUGGCUUUUCCUCAUUCUCAAUUGUUGAUACAACCUGCUAUUGGGUCGGAUCAUUCACCUGUGAUUCUGAACUCUUGUUGGCAGGAUAUAAAAGGGCCUCGGAAGUUUAAAUUUGAAUCUUACUGGACGGAUGUGGAGGAUAUUAGGUCUGUUGUGAAGACUAGUUGGGAUGUUCAUGUGGAUGGUUCUAAAGCUUAUCUGCUUGCCCAAAAACUUAAGAACUAUAGAAAGUUGAUUAAAUUGUGGUGCAAGGAACAGAAUAAAACUAAAGAACAUAAGGAUGAGCUUCUGAAGGAAAUUGCUCUUCUACAAGAUGGGGCCUGUACUGAGGAAGAACUUCAAAAAAUUAAGGUGUGUAAGGAAAAUGUGACUGCAAUUUGGUUACAAGAUGAGAAACAUUGGCAUCAGCGGUCUAGAAUUAAUUGGAUUAGUUGGGGCGAUCAGAAUACCAAGUUUUUUCAUCAGUCUACACUUCAGAGAAGGCAGUUCAAUAAGAUUCUUAAGAUCAAAAAUAAUAGUGGGGAUUGGAUUGAUAAGGAAGAAGACAUUAUGGAGAAUUUUUGUCAGUUUUAUGAAGAUUUGUUUACCAGUGAGGGUAAUAGAGAUUGGGAUGAGGUCCUUGAUGUUGUUCCUUGCUUGAUUUCUGAAGAAAUGAAUGUUAAUCUGACUAAGGAGAUUACUGAUGCUGAAAUUUAUCAAGCUGUGUUUCAGAUGGGCAGUCUUAAGUCUCCUGGGCCUGAUGGGUUCAAUGGUCUUUUUAUCAAAAUUAUUGGGAAAUUUUGGGCUAUGAUGUUAAAGCUAUGCUAUAAAAUCAUAUCUACGAUCCUAGUCAACAGAAUGAAGCCCCUGCUUGGAGAUAUAAUUACUGAAGUGCAAAGUGCCUUUGUUGAAGGUCGUCAGAUUCAUGACAAUAUUGUGGUUGCGCAAGAGGCAUUUCAUUUUCUAAAAGUGAAGAAGAAAGGAAAAUCAGGGGCUGUUGCUUUAAAGGUAGAUAUGAAUAAAGCCUAUGAUCGUGUUGAAUGGGGCUUUUUUCAUGCUUUACUUUUAAAAAUUGGUUUUAAUAGUAAUUGGUGUGAUUGGGUCUUAGAAUGUGUAAGGUCUGUCUCGUAUACUAUAGUUAUUAAUGGCAAAUCAAGUAGGAUGAUUUUUCCUUCUAGGGGUCUUAGACAAGGGGAUCCUUUAUCCCCUUAUUUGUUCCUCUUAGUAAUUGAUACCCUUUCUAGGAUGAUCCAAUUAGGAAUUCACUCUGGUUACAUUACUGGCUUGAAUCUUGCUCGAAAUUGCCCUAUGAUUUCUCACCUUCUAUUUGCUGACAAUUCUCUUUUCUUUAUGGAUGCUAACCUUGAUAAUUGCAAGAGGUUUUUUGAGAUUAUUCAGGGCUUCUCUGAUGCUUCUGGUCAGAAGAUAAGUCUGGCCAAAUCAAGUCUGAUCUUUAGUUCCAACAUGAAGGAGGAGGAUAGAGCAGCUAUUGUGAAUGCUUUGGGUGUGAAUGAAGCCGCUAUUCCCGGAACAUAUUUAGGGAUACAGAAUUGUUGGGGCAAAACCAAGUGUGGUGCAAUGGCAUAUGUUAAGGAAAGAGUUGUAGCCAAGUUAAAAGGAUGGAAACAAAAAUAUCUUUCUAUGGGAGGUAAGGAGAUCAUGAUUAAGGCAGUAGCUAGUGCUUUACCUGCUUAUGUCAUGUCUAUUUUUAAGAUUCCUAAGAAAGUUUGUAAAGAGAUGCAAUCUGCUAUUAUUAAUUACUGGUGGGGACAGACUGAAAAUGAAAGGAAGAUCCACUGGUGUGACUGGCAGAAACUUACUGAUCUUAAGCAAGAUGGUGGCAUAAGGUUUAAAGAAUUUGAGGUUUUCAAUCUGGCAUUACUUGCUAAACAGGCUUGGCGAGUUACUGAGUAUCCUAAUGCCUUGUGGGUGCGUGUCUUAAAGGGUAUUUACUUUCCUAAUUCUGAGUUCUUUGAUGCUGGUCAAGGAGCGAGGCCCUCUUGGAUUUGGAAUAGCUUGCUGGAAGGGAGGUCUCUUCUUCAAAAUCAUUUAUUAUGGGUUCCAAUGGAUGGGAAGAGUAUAAGUAUUUGGAGAGAUAAUUGGAUACCUAAGCUAAAUGGCAGGGUACUUGGUGAUUUGAGCAGUAUUGAUGAAGAUAUUCCUCAACUGGUGCAUGAAAUUAUGGAUAAGAAUGAGGGUACAUGGAAGUUAGAGGGUAUUAAGCAGUGGAUUUCAGAAGAAGAGCAAGAAGCAAUUUUAAGCAUUCCAGUUCAUGAAGGUGGAGAACAUGAUAAAAGAAUUUGGCCGCAUGACAAAUCUGGUGUGUACUCUGUAAAGUCUGGAUAUGCAUCCCAGAAGGCUGCCACACGACACAGUACUUGUUCCAGAGCUUCUUCAUCUCAUCAAAUAGAUAAGAGACUAUGGAAAGUAAUUUGGAGUAUUAAAGCUCCAUCGAAAGUUAAGGUGUUUUUAUGGAGAAUGUGUCGACAUGCUUUAGCUACAAAUGAAGAGUUAUGGAAAAGAAAAUGCCUAGAUGAGCCUAUUUGUGUGUUAUGUGGUGAAGAUGUGGAGUCUGUUGAACAUUUGAUAUUGUUAUGCCCCUGGACUCGAAAAGUGUGGUGGCAAGGGUGUUUUGGUCUGAAGAUUUGUAUUGAAAGGGUGCGUACUAUUGAUCAAUGGCUGUUAGAAAUAUUCAUGGAGGUUUCCAAACUCAGUAAAGAAGCAGUGUCUUUAAAAACCACUAUUGCUUACACUUGUUGGGUUAUCUGGAAUUCAAGGUGUAAAGCUGUUAUGGAACAUAAAGAAGUCAGUGGCGAUAAGGUAAUUCAAUGGAUCCAGUCUGCUGCUAGUGAAUUUCUCUCUAUUUGGGAUCAGAAUACACAUCAAGUUUCAAAACCUUUAAAACAAGUAUGCUGCUGGGAAAGGCCUAAAGAGGGUUGGUGCAAAGUAAAUUGUGAUGGUGCUUAUUGUAGCAAGACUUCCAAAGCUGGUAUUGGGAUUAUUAUCAGAGAUCACAAUGGCAAUUUGAUAGAUGGUGCUGGUAAAAUGGUUAUUGGUGAUUCUGUCCUCAUUUCUGAAGCAUUAGCUGUUAAAGAAGGUAUGAAGCUUGCUCAUCUCUUGCAUAUAGAGCAGGUUGUGGUAGAAAUGGACUGUGAAAUUUUGUUUAAAAGUAUUCUGAAUCCUAUUGUUGGCUCUGAUUGGAAGAUUCGACCUAUUGUUGCUGAUAUUGUUUCUUUGAAGAAUUGUUUUAAUGCUGUUGAGUUCAAGUGUGUGAAAAGGGAAGCCAAUAUGGCUGCGGACUGGGUUGCGGUUCAGUCUAGACUGGGGAUGAGCUUUGCCGAAUUAAGUAGGUAUAAACCAUCCUCAUUGGUGCGUAUUCUUGAUAAAGAUGGUCUCCCUGCUCCACAUAGUGCUGUUUUGUAA